AAUUGACCCUUUUUCUAGUUAAUCUGUAGUCAGUAAAAGUUCAAAUUUCUUUGCAAAAUGCUGAAUACUACCAACACUUCAACAACAAAGAUUUUGGAGGCAAGCUUCGGAACCUUGUACGACGGACAUACACUAUGGGUCGGAUGCCAAAUCACACUGACGAUGAUAACUUCUAUUUUGCUCUAUAUUUGUGUGUGUAUAAGUCGGUUCGCUUGGCUGGCUUAUAAAGCUACGAAGAGGCGAAUCCGAUCCCCACAAGACUUAUUAAAUGAAGAAAAUGAGUGCGGGUCUUCUCAAAAGCACAAAAAAAGCCUACGAAAGCGUGCAAAGUUUACGGAAAGCUGCAGGAGUAAAUAUAAACGAAUAAUGGUAUUGAUAUGCCUACUUGCCGCAAUAUUCAGCCUAAUUAAAUGUGUAGCAGACCAACUAAAGUUUUUCUACGCCUGGAAUGCAAGGUCAGACUGGAUAUGCGAAUUUGUGUAUGAUAUAACUGACAAUAUUUUAUUUUUGUGCGCGUUCAUCGCCGUUUAUGGAUUUCUAUGGCUGAAGCAAUGGAUAUUCUACAGAGACCCUGCAGUUGUAGGAAUAUUGUACAACCGCAGUCUAGUGAUAUUCAGCCGCGUGUUUGUAGUAUUCGUCGUUGUAGCUGGGUUUGCAAAUAUGCUGGCGAACUUGAUUCCGGCUAGAUAUAAAGCUGGAAAUAGCACCGCAACAGUUAAUGACCAUCUUGCAUUGGCUAAUGAUAAGUCAUACUUUGGAUGUGUUUCAACCUAUGAUAUGGACAAUCGCCAUGACAGCUGGCCGUUAAUUUGGUACGCAGCUCUCGCAGCGUCAAUUCAAAUAACCCUGCUAGCUUUGUUUAUAUAUCCGUUAUUAAAACAAAGAAUCGAUCUCUGGAAAUGGAAUAAACAACGAAAAAAUAGCAUUCGAACACGACAAUCUGUAAUUUCUAAGAGUAAUAACGAAGUUUCAAACAGGAACAGUGAAAAAAACAAAUCUUCGUUCAUUAUAAAUAAGAUGGAACCUAAAGGAAGCACUGCGACCGAGGACGUGUCGGCGGAUCAUAAAGGCAACAAUUGCAUUAACGAAAUUGGCCGAGAUCAAAUGACUAACGUUAUAGAAAAGCCCACAAUGUCAGAAGAUGCCAAACGAACCAUAACACGUGCUGUAACAUGGACUGCAAUCUGCGUUGCAACUGACUUCAUCCUAUUCCUAUUAUUUGCUAAUAUGGGUCCAGGAACACCACUCAUUUUAAUAUCCACAGCUCAGGAUAUUGAUCUAUUUCUGAACAUAAUAUGUCUUGUCGCAACAUACGGUACCUGGCAGCAGAUACUCUUCCCGCUGUGCGUAAAAGAUGACGUCAUGGCUGACAAACCCAUGACGUCAUUACGAAAGAGCAAUCAUAGAUCCACAAGCACAGAAACAGGUGUUGAAGAUCGCCAAUAACUGAAACUUGCGGAAAAUAUCACAAGAUCAGAAGAAUUGGUUGAACGUAAAAAUUCCUAUUUCCCAACGACUCUGGUUUAUUAGUUCAAAAUAGUAUAUACCUCGCGCACUUCGCAGUGAAUGUGCAAUACAGUACUAUGUAAUUUACCUAUUGUUUGUAUAGAUAUUUCUAAUAUUUAUGUAGCAGCAAUUUAGUGACACUCGCUAGAAUGUAUCUAAGAUAUAAUAAUGACAUUUCGAUUCCAGUCAGUCAGUAGUAUAUGUUUUCACAUGCCGCAAGUACACAUUGUACAAAAAAAGAUAAGAAAUGCAUUUUAGUGUGAAGGGAAAAAAAAUCAGUGAUAGUUAUCGAGCAGCGCCACCUAUAAAAACCCCAAUUUCAGAGGGUUUUUAUUUGAAUAUUGAUAACGAAAAAGCAAUGUUAUAACUUUGAAACUCCCAUUUCUAUUUUUAUUCAGUUUAUUUUCAUUAUUUUUUGUUGUUUUUGUUGCAAAUGUGGGAGUGAUAUUUUACUACACGACAAUUCAUGUAUAUUUAAUAUAGAAGUGCGUGUACUACUGAUAAAACGUCAUAUUUACGUCAUCUAAAUAAAAUCUGAAUAUGAUCAAAAUUAGUUUUAUUGUUAUCAACAUGAAAUUACAACUAAUGUCUGUAAAAUUAAAA